UUGUAUUGUUCUGGAAAGAAGAAAGUAGCCAUUAAGAAGGGUUGUCCUGGUCGUCCCACUUAUUUGUCUACUUAUAUUUAUUAACAAACUGUCAUUAUUUUAGCUGGAUAAGUAUCGGUUGGGAUUGUUUAAAGACUUGUUGAGAGGAAUAAAGGUUAAAAGCUGCGAUGGCGUCGCCGCUGGAGAUGACAGAGAUGUACGAUAACGCUCUUCUGGGGAUCCUGCAGCACGUUGGGAACAUUCAGGACUUUCUGCAGGUCUAUUUUGGGUUCUUGUACCGCAAAACGGACUUUUAUCGCCUGCUUUCAAGUCCCAACGACAAGAUGGGCUUCCCUCCAGGUGUGGCGGAGAAGAUGGUGCUUAAGACAUUUAAGUUAUUUGAGAAGUUGGCGGAGCACGACAGAGAGAAAGUGCUGAGCGAUCUGAAGAAGAGAGAGGAGAGUACGUAUGUUCCCCCUCCAGUUCAGGAGUUGGAGGUUGCUUCUGAGCCUUGUAAGGAAACCGAGGAACAGAGCACAGAGGCGGCGCAGAUGGAGAGCUCUCCCUCGGGUUCUGGUUCUGCUCCAGCAGCCUCGGGCACAUCCGUCGUCCCUCAGCAAGAUGGCAGCAGCAGUAGUCCAGCAGUUCAUGAAGCUCAGGCAGGUGCAGCCAGCACAAAAUCCCUUGGAGAUAGUCAAGAAAGCUUUCAGUCCAAUCCUGACAGUUACAAUGGGGCGGUGAGGGAAAACUACAGCUGGUCUCAGGAUUACAUGGAUGUGGAGGUCCGUGUGUUUGUGCCUAAGACGGUUGUUAAAGGCAGACAGGUCAAUGUUAAUUUGCAGACCAGCAGCGUGAGAAUAUGUGUGAGGGACGGAGCUGAAGAGAAAACACUGAUGGAGGGUGAAUUCACACACAAGAUAAACACGGAAAACUCUCUGUGGAGUCUGGAACCAGGACACUGUGUGGUUCUGUCACUGAACAAGACGUCCGAGGUUUGGUGGAAUGCAGUUCUCAAAGGCGAGAAGGAGAUUGAUGUAAACCAAAUUAACCGCGAGCGUUCCAUGGCAACAGUGGACGAGGAGGAGCAUGCUGUUCUGGACAGGCUCACGUUUGACUACCACCAGAAGCUGCAGGGAAAGCCACAGAGUCAUGAAUUGAAAGUGCACGAGAUGCUGAAGAAGGGCUGGGAUGCUGAAGGGUCGCCUUUCAGAGGCCAGCAGUUCGACCCGUCCAUGUUUGACAUCCCGCCCAGUGCUGUGCAGUUCUGAGACGCAACCAAAUCUCAGCCAAACAUGAACUGAAUCGUCUCUGUUUACAGAGCCGAUGGCAGCAGACUCAACGUUUGCUGAAAUUGUGGAUGUUUGUCCCCAGCAAAAGAAGCUGCAAAUUUGUGGAGUAACAUGGAUGGGAAGGGAAUAUUCCCAGAUUCUGACAAGAACAUGCCAUUAUAUCAAAGCUGAUAUGUACAGUUGUACACUGUUUGGCUCAUGAUUUAAUGCUGCAGUGCCUAUGUGUUGUCUGCCCUACUGAUUCUCUCUUUAAUUUUUUUAUUAUCAUCAGUUCUUUUGCUGAGUAACAGCUGAAAUUUCCACCAAGUCUGACUGCAAAAAAAAAGAAUCACAGGAAAUGUUUUUUAGCAUGUUGCAUAAUGUUACUGUACCAAUGUUACUCCACCUCAGUAAAGUAUGUUUUGGAUUGUUUGGGGUUUUUUUGCAUAUAUUUAGUUUUUCCGCUCAGGUUUUUCAACACACAAAUUAAAAAAAAAAGGCCAACAUUGCAGGAUAAAGAAAAAUUAUGAUUACCUGCUGGUUUACUGGUUCAUCUGUCUUUCUCUGCUUUUGACUCCCAGACAAAGAAGAAUAAAAAAUA